UUUUUGCAGAGCUCAACACUAUUUCACCCAGAAUCGGAUCUGUGUGUGUGUGUGUGUGUCUGUGUGUGCGUUUAUAGUGCCGCACCCAGUCUUCUGUGCGUAAAAAACCUCCCACGUACAUCAUCAUCAAUACACACACACACACACACACACACACACACACACACACACACACACACACACACACACACACUCACACCACGUUUCUUCCAGCAGCGGGACGAGCGUGCGCAGGAUAACGGUUCACCUCGCGGACAGGUUGGACACAGAGACAUGGGAGUGGAGCGGCGGCUUUUCUGCCUAUGACACGGACACACCGGGCGGGAAGGAUGGCUCUAACCAGCCGGGAAAUGUUGUGCUUGAUCGGAACCGCCUGCCUCUGGCUGCCGUUGUUCGCCGAGGUGGUGCCUGAGGACAGUUACUUAAAUGAGGUGCAGAACUCAGUGCCUCUGUCCUGCUCUGAGGGAUUCACAGAGUUGGGAUACUACAACGGCACCGUGUCUCAGACGGAUUCUGGCGCCCCCUGUCUGAAGUGGACUGAGUUUCCAGACUAUGUCAUGCAGUACCCAGGCCGAGGGCUGGGUGACCACAGCUACUGCAGGAACCCAGACCGAGAGUCUAACCCCUGGUGUUUCUUCAGACAAAACUCUGGAGCCAUCGGAUGGGCCUACUGCGACUGUCACCAGGGUGCAGCUCGUCUGGUUGGCAGCUCAUCCUCAGGCAGUGGGCGUGUUGAGGUCUACCUGAACGGCCAGUGGGGAGCGGUGUGCGACUCCCACUGGUCAGACAGAGAUGCCAGUGUGAUCUGCAGGCAGCUGGGCCUGGGUGACAUUGGCACAGCGUUGCAGCACUCGCAGUUUGGCUCCGGCUCCGGCCUCUUCCACUAUGAGCGCCUGGGUUGCCGUGGUGAUGAGAACAGUCUGAGUAACUGCCGGAGCAGGACGUUCGUCACUGGUGACUGUAGCCAUGGAAACGAGGCAGCAGUGGUGUGUGCGCCACCAGAAGGCAGUGGUCCUCCGCUGCGACUGGUCGGAGGCGAGGAAGACUUUGAAGGUCGUGUGGAGGUGUUUCACACAGGAAGGUGGGGCUCAGUCUGUGACGACCAGUGGGACGACAGAGAUGCUGAGGUGGUGUGCAGACAGCUCGGUUUCGGGGGUGUAGCGAAGGCCUGGUCAUGGGCUCAUUUCGGUCAGGGUUCAGGCCCGAUCCUGCUGGAUGCUGUGAAGUGCACGGGAAACGAACUCUUCCUGGAUCAGUGUCCCCAUGGCGACUGGGAGCAGCACAACUGUGACCACAUGGAGGAUGCUGGGGUCUCUUGCAGCCCUUAUACAGAUGGUGUGGUGCGUCUGGUCGGUGGAGACAAUCCCUGGGAGGGUCGGGUUGAGGUUUUCCACAACGGUGACUGGGGAACGGUGUGUGACGAUCACUGGUCCCAGCAGCAUGCAGAUGUGGUCUGCAGACAGCUCGGAUACAGGGGUCAUGCUGAGGUCGUCUCAGAUGGGACGUUUGGCGAAGGCGUCGGUCUCAUCCUCAUGGACGACGUCCACUGUGAGGGAUCCGAAACCUCCCUGCUGGACUGUCCACACGGGAUCUGGGGACGGACUGACUGCUCGCACAGUGAGGAUGUCGGUGUUCGCUGCAGGGGUCGAUACAGCCAAGACACCAAUGAUGUGCCGGUUAUCGCACCUUCCACAGGUCCCCUGGUGCGUCUGGUGGGUGGCAGCAGCAGAAAGGAGGGUCGAGUCGAGGUGUAUCUCCAUGGUGACUGGGGAAGUAUUUGUGAUUCAGGCUGGAACGACCUGAAUGCAGCCGUGGUGUGCAGGCAGCUUGGACACAGUGGUGGAGCAGUAGCAGCAGGAGGAUUUGGUCAGGGGAAAGGGCCCAUUCACCUGGAUCAGGUGAGGUGCACAGGGAAGGAGGAGUUCCUGGGUGAGUGUCCAUCUCUGGGUCAGAGCAUCCAGGGCUGCAGACGCAGGGUGGACGCAGGGGUGAAGUGUGAUGUCACGCCAAAGGAGUCAGCCGUACAGCCCAAGCCUCAGGAGCUGAGCUGUGGACUGAGGAAGCUGGUGGAGGAAGGGAGCAAGAGGAACCAAGGGGAGGAAAACAUGCUCAGGACCACGUGGCCGUGGCAGGUGUCAGUGUGGCUUCAGUCCCCAGAAGAAGAUGGUGGUCCCCUCUGCAGCGGCACUCUGAUCAGCCCUUGCUGGGCCCUGACGUCCGCAUACUGUGUCAGCAGGUUUGGCAGCGAGCCGUCCAACUAUGUGGUCCGUGUUGGGGCCUCAGAGCAGACUCUCACCCCAGAGCAGGUGGUGGUUCACAGGAAGUUCAAGGGUCAGAGCGGAGGUCACGAUCUGGCUUUGUUGAAGUUACCCAGCACCAAAGGUCACUGCCUGAUCUUUGACCCCAACACAAAUGCAGCAUGCCUUCCUACUGCUGACACACCAUCAGGGGGAAAUACUCCAUCUUCUUGUGUUGUCAUGGUUACUGCUGGUUGGACAGGACCAGACUCAGUUCUUGCAUCCUGGGUCCCUCUGAUGUCGUCAUGGCAAUGUAAGAAGCGCUAUGGCGACAGCUUCUCCAGCCAUGGCACCCUGUGUGCUGGAAGUCCUCCAGACACUAGCCUCCUCCAUGGCGACAGUUGUCAAGGAAACUCUGGUGGCGGGCUGGUAUGUCAGGGGGAGAUGGGUCGUUGGGUCCUCACUGGGGUCGUCGCCGGGGGCUACGGCUGCAGCAACCCCUCCUCUCCAUCGCUCUACACUCGAGUCAGCCGCUUCAGAAGCUGGAUCGAAGAGGUCACCGGCACAGGACACACGACGACGCAAGAAGAUGUGACGCAUGUUGACAAUGACCUAACACACACACACGAGGGCGAGGAAAAAUACCUCCACGUGCACGGCAAGCCCAAACACACACACGAUCAACAAGAAACAAAUGAAAUCAACGUCAUCAAAAAAACACACACGCACACUCAUCAUUCACACACCAAUCAGCACGGUAACGCACACACUAAAAGCACAUACCAUGAAGGGGAUGUCGACACAAACACACAAAUUCUGGUCUGAUUGAGGCCGUGCCAUUGGCUUACCAUCUGUGCCAUGUGACCGCCUAAGAAAAGGGGAGGAAGGAGAGUUAAAGGAAUGCGUAUCUAAGAGUUAAAAGAAAGAUGCUCCUAACUUAAGUCAGUACAAACAGCCGUCUCUGUGCUCAUUUCAAAUCUGAACUCAGUGUUGUGAAUUCCAAGUUUUUUGCUAAUCGUCGGAUGAGUACGGCUGUUGAGGCAGACUGUCCUGAGCUGCCAUGAUGACAGAGUGUGUGAGUGGUUUGUGGUGCUUAACAUGCAAGUUAAAACGAUGACUGAUGGGUCGGUUUAAGGUUUAUGUUGAGCCUGGCAUGCUGAUCAGGGCCUUUCACUGAUAACUGAAAAUCAAAAAAUCAGCAUGGCAUGUAUUUUAAGGACAAUAGUGUUAGCUUCAAAAUAUUUGGGGAGAUAUUUCUGAGAUGGUCACACAAGAAUCUAUGCUAAAAAUUCACCUGUUAAUGUGUGUCUUGUGUGCGAGCUGUUUAGUAACAAAACUAACCACCAGAACAUCUAGAAUAAAAAGGCUGAUUGUAUAUCAUCAUCGUCCUUAUAUGAUUAAUAAUAUAGAUAAACAACAAACUCCUGCAUCAGGCGACGCUCGUCCCAAGUUACGUUUUGAUAAAAAUUCAGAUGUGGGUGUGGAUGUUGCUUUUUCAAACAGGGCUGUUGUCGUAUACCUUUACUGGUGAAAGUGCUGUUUAGACCCAAGACUAAGCUAUUUUACUGAGGACCAUACCAGUGAUUUUUCAUCUCUGUCUACUGCUGACUAUUAUUAUUAAUCCAUAAGUACAUAAUGAGGACGCUCACCUGUACAAAGGGGGGGUUGCAGUGUCCUUCCCAGAAGUGCAGCACAUCUAUACACAUCUGUUCACUUAACCAGGAAUAAACAUAUAAUAUAUUAAUAUUAAUAAACAGUAUUAGAUCAAUUAACAUUUAAAAAGAAGAACUUUUGGAUUGCCAGGCAACAUUCAUAAUUACAAAUGAUUUACAAAGCUUUGCUGCUUUUUAGAGACAGAACUAGACCUUAUAUAUAAACCUUAGCAUUAAUUACUUAUUAACAUUUAUAAAGGCAAGCUUUAUAUUAGAAAGUGAGGUGCUUCAUUAGAGAGUUUUUCCACAACCUGGCAACCCAAAAAUGUUAAAGGCAACAGCUGAGCUAUGAUUUAUCAACCGUUAAUGAAGUUUUUUUACCCACAGGAUGUAUAAAACCGAUACAUUAGUGUCGUACCUGUGGAGAAAUUCUUUGCUUUCCUGGAAGUUGUUUGUUUCCAUUGAUUUCUCGAAGAUGAAAAUCAAAUAGCAGACGCCUGAAACUAGCAGAAUCCUUCAUAAUAAAUGUAAAAUCUGCAUUUAUUUUUCAUCAAAGUUACUGUUUUGUUGUUGUUGAGCGGUGCCUGAGUGCAUUCUUUGCAGAUCAAUUAAGCUGCAAUACACCACAGCAGCAAUAAUGGGGGUGGAAAUCUUGCAGACUUGGAUGGAUCGCUCAACUCAAGUAGGUUUUAAGAGUCUUUAAUUGAUUUCUAUCCCAAAGGGAAAGCUAUGGAAACAUUGACCACCUGGAAAAUAUACACAAAAAUUACUGAAACACUGCAGUCAUAUCAAGUGUACAUAAUUUGUUGUAUGUGUAGUUAAGGAGCUAAAAAACAAAACAACUGGUAUGGUCCUUUAAACUGUACAGGACAAAUAUCUCCUUUAAAGCCAUCAUUGGACUGUCGGGUCAUAAAAUAUCCUUUUGUACUGAUUCCAGCAGAUGGCUCUAGAUAGAUAAAUAGAUAGAUAGAUAGCUUCUACUCCUGAGUUUAGAUAGUAUGUGUACUGCAUUCAUUCUUGACUGAAUUAGAUAGCCGAACUCUUGAAGUUAAAUGUUGUCUGUUCUGUUGUACUCCGAGCAGAUGUGUGAUCUAACCAGAAGAUGGCGACAUUGCUCUAUUUUCACAGGGCCGCCAGUUGUUGGAUAACACGGCCCUGAUGGUUCUUUUUAUACUGUUGCUAUAAGUGUACGGACUUGACUUGUGCUUUGAUGUACUGUGAACCAUUGUGUCGUGAAGCAUCUUGUAACCUGCAACUGCUGUUUCUCCAACCUGGAACUGUCUGAUGCCUGAUCCUGUACAUAAACUCAAUCCUCUCACUGCUCAUACCUUUAAUGAAAAUUGAUGUUUUACCAUGCAGAUCGUGUAGGUUAGUGUAAAUACUGUAUGUCUAAGGCUGGAUGGUGAGGAAACAGGGUAAAGUGUUCAAGGCCUACUUUACCUGUGUUAAAGCCAUCAGCUGUUCCUCAGUGUAAUGUGCUGAAUCAUGGUUGAGUAUUAAAACAUAUACCUGGUGAGAACAAGC